GGAAGUUGUUUUUGAGUGCCUGCUGUUGUUGACAUUGCGCACCUGACGCCGCUAUUUCUGAUUUAACGACAGACGAAAUACAUUUACUACUUAACGAAUUGUAACGUUAUGUUAAUUUUGUUUUUGCUCAGCGUUUGUGUGUCUGGUUGUCAAUUCAGUGUCCUCUGACAUCGGUCAGUUGACGUCGCAGUUAGCAUACAAGGCUAGCAUUUAGCGGAAGAGGUCAGCUAAUUAGGAAGCCAUGGAAAGUAAAUUAUAGCUCAACCAAUUCUUCCAGAGAUUUACUUGGCUUAUAUUGUAACUUGCUUAUACAACAGCUUGGAGCAACGCGAAACACAAGAUGGCAGUGGAGCUGGAUGUGUUCGUUGGUAACACCACUAUCAUGGAUGAAGAGGUUUACCAGCUGUGGUUAGAUGGAUACACAGUGAAUGAUGCAGUCAAGGUGCGAAUGGAAGGAGGGGUACUGGAGGAGUGUGAGACAAGUGCAGAUGUUCUGCUGAGUGACACCAUGGACCAGUACAGGACUUUCCAGAUGUGUGAGCGUCUUCUGCAUAGUCCAGCCAAAUUAGCCAACCAGCUACUGUUUCAGAUCCCACCUCAUCGACAAGCCAUCCUCAUAGAAAGGUACUACGCAUUUGAUGAUGCAUUUGUUCGUGAAGUACUGGGCAAAAAACUAUCAAAAGGAACCAAAAAAGACUUGGAUGAUAUUAGUGCCAAGACUACUGUGACUCUGAAAAGCUGCAGACGACAGUUUGAUAACUUCAAGCGUGUUCUCAAAGUUGUGGAAGAGCUGAAGGGACCCCUGGUGGAGAACAUUCGUCAGCAUUUUCUUCUGUCUGACAAACUGGCACGAGAUUAUGCCGCCAUUGUUUUCUUUGCAAAUAACCGCUUUGAGACAGGAAAAAGAAAGCUGCAGUAUCUCACUUUCCAGGACUUUGCUUUCUGUGCUGGGCAGCUUAUCAACAACUGGACAGUUGGUGCUGUUGAUAACAUGGUGGAAGACAUGGAUGUUGAUCUUGAUAAAGAAUUUUUGCAAGAGUUGAAAGAACUGAAGAUUUUAAUAACAGACAAAGACCUGCUGGACCAACAUAAAAGUCUGGUCUGUACAGCUCUAAGAGGAAAGACUAAAGCUUUUAAUGAGAUGGAGGCUAAUUUCAAGAAUCUUUCUCGAGGUCUGGUCAACAUUGCUGCAAAGUUAACAAACACAAAAGAUGUCAGAGAUUUCUUCAUCGAUCUUGUGGAAAAGUUUAUUGAGCCUUGCCGUUCAGACCGAUGGACAGCUGCUGACAUGAGACUCUACCUCACUCACUACACCAACUCUGCACACAUACUUGACACAUUCAAACAUCAAGUUGUGUGGGACCGAUACAUGGGCGUCAUAAAAAGCUGUAUCUUCAAAAUGUAUCAUGACUGACUGGUUUGUUUCCGCCUGCUUCCCUCACUGAGGCCGUUAUCGUCGCCUCAUAGUUUAUGCUUUUCUUUCCUCCCAUUUCAUCAUCACUGAUGAAUUCUGGUGUCUAAACCUGUUUAUUCACUUUCAGCACCACAAUGUACACUUCUAGUGUCCUUGCAGUGUCUGUAAAUUUGUUUGUAAAUAAAUUGCACAGAUUUACAUCCAU